UGGAAAUGUGUUUUAUUUCAUGAUGAUUCCCAGUCACUCACACAGUUACAAGUACCCACACCACAAACGCACAACGUCAUCACACGGUGACCUUUGUACGCGCCGCCAUACUGUCAGUAAGGCUGUUGCGCUCGCAGCGGGAACACGACGCAAACCAAUUACGCGCGAAAUCACCGUCAUGGAAAGUAAGAGGAAAUCUAAAAAAAGACGACCCAAAGGAAAAGACAAAAAUGAGACCUGCAAUAGAAAAAAUACGACGAAAUCUAUUGAAAUGGACACGGAGGAGAAACGACCACAACGGACGAACAAAGCUUCAAUGAAAAUGUUUGAAGAUAAUGUCUCGUCACGGCAAAGUACACCAGACCCAUUUAGCGACGAUGGAGAGUAUGGCUCCGAUGAAGAAUAUGAUCCUGCCUCUGACGAUUCAGACAGCAGUGUUGUUAGUGAUUUGGAAUUUUGUUGCAGACGCACUAAACCAUCGUUGGGGAGCAGGUCUGAGUCUGAAGCUGGUACAGAUAAUGACGAUGAUAACGAAACCGAUUCGUUUUCGGAAGCUUCAAGUAAUAGCAGUAUUUUUGACUCUCAUCGCCGCCACCGUUUAGCUCUUAAACGUUCCCAUUCAACCACUUCAAACAAUGGCACAAACAAACCUAAAACAAAACAGGCGAAAGUUAAACAUGCUGAUGACAGUGCAGACACCAUUUCUUUGCAUUCAGAAACUUUAAGGAACAACUUGGGUGAUAUAAAAGUUUUAGAAAUCUCAUCUUUGCUUCCUGACCCGACAGAAAUAGAAAAUAUGUCAAUUUGUACGAGAAAUGACUCACCUGCGUCGCCGCCGCCACCGGAUCCGGUUGAAGCUGAAAGAAAUGACUCACCUGCAUCGCCGCCGCCACCGGAUCCGGUUGAAGCUGAAAGAAAUGACUCACCUGCGUCGCCGCCGCCACCGAAUCCGGUUGAAGCUGAAAGAAAUAACUCGCCCCGUGCGUCACUAAUGCCAUCAAGAUCUGAAGAUGCCCAAAGAAAUAAUCCGACCGGAAUCCCGGAAGAGGGUAAUGUUAGACAGUCUGGUAACGACAUUGAAGCUCCAAAUGACUGGGAAACUACAAAAGCGGAUAUACCGUUAUUUGAAUUUGAUGCCCUUUCUGCGGGUGCUCAAUUUAAUGUCGGUCCAGGUACGACGGUCUUAGAUGUUUUUCAUAAAACGUUCCCACCUAAUAUUAUUGACUAUAUUGUAACAUGCACUAACGCCUAUGGAAAAGCACUUUGUUUGUCAAAAAGACCAGCAACCAGGAAUACACGUCAUUACAAUUUUAAAGACACAAACCAAGAAGAAGUCCGUAAGUUUCUCGGUUUGUGUUUGCUUAUGGGUCAAAUAAAAAUUCCCCAAAAACGAAAGCAUUUUACAUACAGUGAUCCACUGUAUUACCACCCAAUAUUUUCUUUUAUAAUGUCAGCAAGAAGAUUCGAACAAAUUCUAAGAUGCCUAUGUGCAUCAGAUUUAACAGCAAAAGGAAAAGAAAAAAUUUUGAAUUUUAUUGAAAUGCUAUGUAAGAACUUCAUAGAUUGUUAUAAGCCAUACAGAGAUCUCAGUUUGGAUGAAUCUCUGCUCUUAUUCCGGGGUCGACUAUCAUUCCGGCAAUACAUAAAAAGCAAAAAAGCCCGUUAUGGCAUAAAAUUCUACGAACUGACAUCAUCAGAUGGUUAUGUUCUAAAUUUAAUGAUGUAUGCCGGAAAAGACGCUGAAAACGAGGUUCAGAAAGAAAAAAAAACCGAAAAGCUUGUGCUUCAUCUCAUGAAACCAUAUUUGCUCAAAGGACAAAAGGAGAAAAAUAAUAAAAACAAACAUAACCUUUAGUGUUUUAUUGACUGAAUAAUACCUAAAAACUACAUAACAAUGCUUAAGUACUGAAAAAUAACGAAACGUAUAUUAUGUACGUCCUUGUUCAUUAAAAAAAUAAACUUGAUGCAAUGUUUUGUAGCACUACAUGAAUAACCGUCAACGUACAUAAGCGUCCCUUUGUAUUAAAAACGUGUAUUAGCAAUUUCUUACAGCAGAACGUAAACAUACGUUAACGUACACGUGCGUUUCGGUAUUACUAGCUAAUAUGAAAACUAUGCUCUGAAACACAGCGUACACCAACGUUACCGUGAUAAAACGUUGUUACAUAAGCACAAAAUUUAAAAAACCUUUUUGUGACACAACGGUUAUAAACGUUAACGUUUAUACACGUUCUAGUAUUUCUGGCUAGUGUAUUAACUAAACUAGAAAGCACAACGUAUAUUCACGGUACCGUGAUAAGACGUGGCUACUUAUUCAAUAGAUAAAAUACAUGUUUAGUGGCACAACGCCUAUAAACGUUGACGUGUUAUGACGUUAGGUCUUUAAUAGACAAGCAAAAUGUUUAUGAACUAUGCCGG